CCUUGCUCUGCUGCCAUUGGCUGCCGCCGCCUCGCUGGUACCUCGCUCAUCUCUCCUUGUUCCCAGUGACAAACGGCGGCGGCGGGAGGAGGAGGGACCGGGACCCACCGGGGAGGCGAAGGCAACAUGGAGUCAUCAGCCAUUGUGCAAAACAAGGGGUCGACCCCCAAGAAAUCAGUGACAAGUAGGUCGUCUGUAGGGAAACCUCCACAUUCUCCAAAGGGGACCACGGAGACUUCUCAACCUGCAGCCUCUAGAACUUCAGGAAAUGCCUCAAGGCUGGAUGCUACAAAAAACAGCACAGGCAUGAAGCAAACAACGGUGCCAAAGACCAGCGUUGGCCGGUCUUCCACAGCUUCAACCGUGAGAAACAGAGUGGAGAGAGACCAAGCAACUUCCAGCAAAAUAUCUGCCAAGCAAUCUCCCCUCAAACGGAAUGAAGACAAGGUUCGCCAACAAGGGACAGCACCAGGGCCUUUAGUUCCAAAUCCUGACACUUCAAAAAGAUCUAUUGAGGGGCUGAAGGACACCAAGUCUUGCACUUCACUGGAAGGAAAGCCAUCUGUAUCUAAGAAAGGGAAUGGAAACCACAAGACUGAAGUGGUGAAGAUGGAUCAUUUAGCUAAGGCAAGUGGCCAAACCAAGAGCCGGAGACCAGAUAACACAGUGUCUUCACCAGAUAAAACGUUAGCUCAUUCAAGUGAACUUGCUAAAACGGUGAAAAGUCCUUCUGCAUCAAAACCAGACAAAUCAGCAAACACUGCAAUACUCACAAAGCCAGCUAGAACAGUGAAUGCAGCUUCCAAAAAACCAGUUGCAGCGAAAAUCCCAGCUACUUCAUCAAAAUCAGCAAGUUCUGCCACAGUGCAAGUAAGGCCAACCAAACCCCAAUCUGUUCCCAGUGGACCAGUGUCUGCCAAACCUGGGAAGUCCCCAUCUGCUUCAAGUAAACCAGUCAACAAUGUGCCCGUGCCAAUGAAACCAUUAAAAUCUCCUUUGGCUAAACUGGAAAAAACCUCACUGGAGAAUAAACCAGCCCAAAAACCAUCUAGAGCAUUACAGCCAAAGAAAAAAUCAAAUAUGGAGGCUAAAUCUGAUGCCACUUCUGUGCUGUCUACGAAAGCAGUCAAGAGUGUCCCCAUGAAAAAUAAAAAAUUAAACAAAGGGGUGAAAGAUAACGUACCUGUAAAACCAGUGGAACCUCUACAGUGUCUUGUGGAUCAUGAGGUGUCACAAAUUCACAGUGGAAUGACAUCAGAAGUUGAAGACAGUGAGUUAGUGGAUAAACCCAUGGGGGCAACAAAUACACCAGAUGAAAAGUUGAAUUCUGAGCCAGCUACUGAGCAUGGGACCCAAGUGAAAGAUGAACUAAGAGCAUCAGAGACAGAUUUAAACUCUUAUGUUGGAGAAACAACUCAUCAUAUCAUCAGGCCAUUAGAGUCCCCAGAGAAAGCUCCAGCAGAACCAACAGAUAGUCUAAUGAUCCAAUUAAAUUCCCAGGUAGAAACAGGAGAAAAAAUGAUCCAGUCACCAUCAUCAACAGUUUCUAUAAAUGUGACAGCGGAACUGCUACCGUCUAUUAAUUCUUCAGUAGAAACCUGUUUCACGGAGACUUUAACUGAAUCAAUGCAAACUAAACGGCAAGAGACCCGUCAAGCCGACAUGUCAGAUAAUCCUUUAGAACAAGAUGACAAUGCUAUUCAUUUUGUGCAGCCAGAAAACACUACACUGGGAACUGAGGAAUCUAUAACGUCAAUAGUCGAACUAGAAGAAAAUCCACUGCAGUCGGUCUUUGAGACUAACAGCAGAGAAGACAUAGAGGUUGAACCAGAAAACCAAUUAGACUGUUUUAUCACAUACUUAGGGAAUCCAGAGACAUCACAGUUUAAUUCAGGACUUCUUGUACAUGAAGUUGAAAACUGUUCAACAAGUCAACAUAUCAAACCUGAAAGAACCUCUCCAGUAGAAUUCAAAGAAUCCUCGUUGAAAGGUAUCGUAUCUCCAGUAGGAUCCCCAUCAGAGGAAGUAGCCUUUGAAAAAACAGUGGGACCUAUAACUCCUUCAAUAGAAUCAACUGUAUCUCCUAUAAGACUAGAUCAAGAAUCAUUAAAGGUUCCUGUAGAAUCCCAGAUAAAAGCUGAACCACCUGAAUCAACCACACCAGUAGUUGGAUCAGUUAAUGAUUCAUUCGAGCAGAUACAGGUGUUAAACAAUGCAGAUCUAUUAGGAUUAACGCCGAUAAAGCCUUCCGGGGAUCAAGUAAACAUACCCACUGAAAUGAAAACCAUGGCAACAGAGCAUCUCGCAGAAUCAUUAAUAUCUGAUGAGGAACACAAAAAUGAGCCUGGAUCCAAGAAUAUAUUAGCUGAACCAAUAAAGAUAAAUCACCAAGAAAUACAUUUUGACACUGAGCCCAUUUUACAACAAUGCAGUAGUCCAGGCCCUGUUGACAUGAAACCAGAGUCAGUUGAAUCUCCUGCCAAAUCAAUAGCUCCUAGAGAAACAGUGAUAUCUUCUCAGCAAUCGCUAACCUCUACUACGGCAACAGAACCACUAGAACCAGUAGUCCAAUCUACAGCAACAGAACAAAUAUCCUCUUUAUUGCAAUCAACAAAAGAGGGGCCUUGUGAUGUUUCUCCAGCAGCUGAUGUUAACAUUAGAAAGGAAAUAUAUGCUUCAAAAGCUGAUUUAUCAGUUACCUCGCCAAAUGAAUUAGUAAAAAUUCAACAAGAGUCACUAGGACAGGAAGCUGUGUAUUGGAGAACGCAAGAGCAAACUGGGACAACAAUGAAUUCUAUAAAGGAAAUAGAAUUGGUAGAGAGUUCUCUGAUACCAGCUACGACUUCCAUGGUACAUGUAAAUCCCUUUGAAGAAACACAAGAAUGUCAAAUAGAACAUAAGAUGUAUCCUAAAGAACCAAAAAGUGAUUUUUUUGGACCAGUUAAGUUACAGUGGGAGCUUGUAGAUAUCCCACUGGAGCAAGGAAACAUACCCAACGAGCAAGUUGCAGCUAAAAAAUUUAAAUUAGAUGCAACAGAGGUUCCAAGUGAUUUCUUACACAGUUCAUUAAUAUCGCCACAUGAAUUGGUAACAUCUCCAGUAGAACCAACCAUAGAGCAAGAAGAGCAUUCAGGAAAAUCAGUAGACUCUUACGAGGAACUAAAAGAAAUCCAUUUUGCAGAUUCUGUAAAAUGCCAACCUGAAACUUUGAUAUCUUCAGUAGAAUCACAGUCCACCGUGGAAAUAGUAAAACAUCUACUAGAACCAGAAGAAGACAUAAUAUAUCCUCUUAAACCUUUAUCUCCAACAGUACAAUCAGUGUAUUUAGUAGAGGUAGGCUUUUCCCCAACACUGGUUUCUCCGGUAGAUGCAGGGAAACCAUUAACACAGCCUCAAGCAGAACCACUAAUAUCUUCAAAUAUAGCACCUCCAGUUGAGUUCCUUAAUGAGUUAGUAAAGUCCCCAUUAGGUAUAGUAUCACUUUCAGUAGACUCUGUGAAAAAUCAACCUGUAGAGCAAACAGCAGCUCUUUCAACAAAAUUGUUAGCAGCUCAUGUAGAAGAAACUUUAGUAGAAUCUGAAAAAUACCUAGCAGAACAUGAAACGUCUUCAGUAAAACCUACACAUGAAAUAAAUCUAGUAGGCACUUCAGCAGUGAAACCGUUGAUAGCACCUGAAAACAAAAACAAAAGUAUAGCUUUGGUGUUAGUAGAAGAUACAAAAGGCAGUUUGGAUUCAUUGGGACCAUCUGAAGAACUAGUACAAAGGGCAAGAGGUGAUUCUUUCCUGAAAUCAGAAAACAAACCUACUGACCUGGUGUCAACAAAUGAAUUUGGCUCAGAAGAUUUCUCUUUGGAAAUGGUGAGAUCUGAAGAAUCAGUGGAACCAAUGAACUCAUUAUGGAAAGAACCAACAUCUAGAAACCCAUCAAGUCUUCCCUCUUCCAGUUUGGUCAUGCCAUUUCCAGAACCAGAGGAUAUUCUUCAUGGCAUAGCACAAGUAGGUGAUGGAGCUAAACAUAUCACUCCAGGUGACACUAAAGAUAUCUUUGCUUCUCAUCCUUUUGUCAUAGACUCUUGCAUCUCCUCAGAGGGGGAGGACAGUGAGCCUUGGGUUUUGGUGAGCAAAGAGGAACUGGAUGACUUUAUAGAGUCUGAUCACAGACCACACAGGCCUGUCUUACUAAGCCAUGAAGAGGAAGUAGUGGAUGAGGAGAAAAAAGCUGAAGAAGAAGGUGAAACAAUGGCUUCAGGGUGCAGCACACUUAGUGACCCCCAACUUGCCGAUCAGAGCAGUAGUGAGACUAGUACCCCGGAAGAGCUGAGGACUUAUGAAGACACAAGCUCAGGGGUGGAAUCACACUCAGAUGACAUGGCCACAUCUCCAUCUACUAUGCUUACACCUGAUCCUGACUUGGGUAUUCACAUGGGUCAAGAGGAAACUGGAGAAACCCCAGUUGAAACUCCAGUCCAGAAAGGUCAAGAGACAUCUCGUCAGCUUCAUGAUGACUGCAUGGGAGAAAGAUCUCAGGAUCCAGCUUCGCCAUUAAAAUGUAAUCCCUUAGAGACUGACACAGAACAAAGAAAAGGGGAGCUCACUGAUUUUACAUGCACCCAAGUAGUAGCAGGAGCUGGAGUCAACGAGGAGGAGGAGGAUGAACGAGCUGGGGCUCUCAAUGCCCAGAGAGGUGAAGCCAUUGCCCCACCUGCUGAAGGACUCUACACCAUCUAUGAGUCAGAACGAGGAAGCCAAGAGCGUGGUGGCCCCAGAGGAGCAGAGCUGGGCUUGGUGGAGCAGAUCAUUGGACGGACCUUGUUACUUGCAGCUUCUGAGGGAGGGAGUCGUAGUGGGAUGCGGGGUGCUGAACUCGGCAAGUGGGCAGAGUUGUUGUCCCCUUUGGAUGAAUCCCGCGCCAGCAUUACAUCAGUCACUAGCUUUUCCCCAGAGGGUGAUGCAUCCCCGCAAGGGGACUGGACAGUAGUGGAGGUGGAAACAUUUCACUGAUCUUGGUCUGGCCCAUGAGGAGAGAUCAGCAGUGUGCUAUCUCAAGUGUGCAAGGUGUGUGUCGAUGUGCAAUACGUGUGAAGUGGUGUGAGCAAGCUGAGCAGUAAAUGUGUGUGAUUGUAGAACUGUUUAUGUGUCAAAAGCUUUGCACUGCCUUCAGGUCCUGCAGAUGUUCCAUAUGGAUGGUCCUUGCUGCCCGCUCCUUGCUUCAACCCCUCCUCAGUGCUCCGUCAUUGUUAUGCAAAACUGCCACCUGUGGGGCAAGGCGGUUACUGCAACAUCGGACCCUGUCAGGCUCAUCCUAGCAAUGGUGAAUGUGGUCAUGGUGGGGUCUUCUUAAGCAAAUAAAUUAUUUUUUAUUUCUGUGA